UGGCCAUUCAGUCACUUCAACUGGCCCUGUUCAACGUUACUCGUCUCCUUCUCACACUCGAUCAUUGCACAGACACUUGCUACUAGACCACAAUGUCCACUCUCUUCAGCUUAAAGAGCAACCAGUCGAGGACCUUCAAGCCCCGCAAGGUCCCAGAGGGAACCAAGCAAUGGCAGCUUAAGCAGUAUGCCCAGCAGACCUUGGGUUCUGGCAACCUCCGGACCGCUGUCCAGCUCCCCGAGGGCGAGGACCUGCAGGAAUGGAUCGCUGUUCAUGUUGUCGACUUCUUCAACCAUGUCAACAUGCUCUACGGCACCAUCUCCGAGUUCUGCACUCCCACCGAGUGCCCCAUCAUGAACGCCGGACCCAAGUACGAGUUCUACUGGGAGGAUGGAGAGACGUACAAGAAGCCCACGCACCUCUCGGCGCCUGCGUACGUCGAGGCGCUCAUGACCUGGACCCAGUCGAUUCUCGACGACGAGAAGGUCUUCCCCCAGCGCAUCGGCGUCAAGUUCCCCUCGACGUUCAUGGGCACGGCCAAGACCAUUCUCCGCCGUCUGUUCCGUGUCUACGCCCACAUCUACCACUCGCACUUUGACCUGAUCUGUGCGCUUGGCAUCGAAGCCCACCUCAACACCAACUACCGUCACUUCCUCCUGUUCGUCGACGAGUUCUCUCUGCUCAGCGAUCGCGACCUUACCCCGCUCGAGGACUUCAACAAGACGAUCCUGGACGAGACGGCCAAGAAGUAGAGGUCUUGCGCUGGUCGGAGCACUACCCGUGAGGGGAUGGGGAGCGUUACCCCUUGCGGAUACCUGAGGGCGCACAGGAGUCCCGCUACCACAUCCCUUCACCCUCUGUACCUGUAGCCAGUUGAGCCCGUCACCACUGCUGUGAUACACGUUACGACAUGUCAUGAUAUCUGCACGGAG